AUGUCUAUCCUCCGAAGCGCGAUCUGCGCCCUGAUUUUCAUCGACGGCUCGCUGGGCAGAGGGCCUUUGAAGGCGCGCCGGGUGCCCGAGCAGCUGAACUCUGCGCUGUGCUCGACAACACCGCCGGGACUAUGGUGCGAGAACGACGCGCUGGCGAAGGAGUGCGGCUGGGAUCUAGCGUGCAGCGAGUACAAGAAGGGGGUCUACAACAAGCCGGUGCAGAUCACCCUUCUCUACGAGUCGCUGUGCCCCGGAUGUCAGCGGUUCAUUCAACAGCAGCUUUACCCAGCCUUCAAGGCGUUUCCCAGCACCCAUUUGAAGAUCGAAUUGGUCCCGUAUGGGAAUGCAAAGAUCCAGGGCGACGAGAUCGUGUGCCAGCACGGCGCCGAGGAAUGCCAAAUCAACAAAUUCGAGAGCUGCGUGAUCGACAGUAUGGAGACGCAAGACGUGUUCAUGCCCUACAUUUUCUGCCUCGAGCAGCAGCUGAGCAACAAGAUCCCCUUCGACAAGGCGCAGUCGAAAUGUUUCCGGACGCUAAACGUCACCGACGAUGUGCAGCGGAUGACGCAAUCGUGCCUGGUCUCGAAGCUGAGCCGUGAGCUCCAGAUGAAUGCUGCCAAGCGUACCAACGACGUUCAGCCGGAAAAGCACCACUUUGUGCCGUGGAUCCUGUUCAACAACGUCUCGCUGGAGUCGGCCCAGUUUUUGCAAGCCGACCUGACGAGUGUCAUCUGCCAGUGGUACAAGGGCGACAAGCCGGCGCCCGCCUGCCAGGCCGAGCAGAAGCGUCUGGCGCGCAAGCUCGAGAAAUCGUGGAAGUUUGAU